AUGGAUGAUCCUGGCUAUACCCCAGAGCCAAAACAAACCCACUUACAACGCACUGGAAUCACACCUGUCUUGCAGAAUGUAGUGGCAACCGUUAAUCUAAAUUGCAAACUGGAUCUUAGAAGUAUUGCGCUCCGCGCUAGAAAUGCAGAAUAUAACCCCAAACGUUUCGCAGCUGUAAUUAUGAGAAUACGAGAUCCAAAGACCACGGCGCUUAUUUUUGCGUCGGGAAAGAUGGUUGUGACGGGUGCAAAAUCAGAAAAGGCCUCGAAAAUGGCUUCACAGCGUUAUGCAAAAAUAAUCAGUAAGCUGGGAUUCAAUGCCCAAUUUACUGAUUUCAAAAUACAAAAUAUUGUCUCUUCCUGUGACCUCAAAUUUUGUAUUAAGCUCGAAGGUCUGGCAUAUGCCCACUCUAACUUCUGCUCCUAUGAGCCAGAGCUUUUUCCCGGACUGAUCUACAGGAUGGUCAAGCCAAAGAUUGUUCUUCUGAUUUUUGUAAGUGGGAAGAUAGUUUUGACUGGGGCCAAGGUGCGUGAGGACAUAUAUGAGGCAUUUGACAACAUCUAUCCUGUUUUGACCCAGUAUAGGAAAACAUAA